AUGGAUGAAGACCGAGAUGCAAACAUCGAGCAGUGGAAAAUUAAGAGGCUCAUAAAGAAGCUCGAAAAUGCCAAGGGGAACGGAACGAGCAUGAUCAGCCUGAUCAUCAAGAACAAGGACGAAGUGUCCAGAAUAAACAAAAUGCUGGCGGACGAGCUGGGGACUGCCUCCAACAUCAAGAGCAGAGUCAACCGGCUGAGUGUCUUGUCCGCCAUAACGUCCACGCAGCAAAAGCUGAAGCUGUACAGCAAGACGCCGCCCAAGGGACUCGUCGUUUUCUGCGGCACGGUGAUCACGGAGGACGGGAAGGAGAAGAAGAUGUCGAUCGACUUCGAGCCAUUCAGGCCCAUCAACACAAGUCUCUACCUGUGCGAUAAUAAGUUCCACGUGGAGGCCCUAAAGGAGUUGCUCGAAAGUGACGACAAAUUUGGGUUCAUCAUAGUGGACGGAAAUGGAGCGCUCUUCGGCACCAUACAAGGAAACACAAGAGAAGUAAUAAGGAGAUUCACCGUGGACCUUCCCAAGAAACAUGGCAGAGGAGGUCAAAGUGCCCUUCGUUUUGCUCGCCUCAGAUUGGAAAAGAGACACAACUACUUGAGGAAGGUAGCCGAAGUAGCCACAUCCGUUUUUAUAACAAAUGAUAAAAUAAACGUGUCGGGGAUAGUACUCGCAGGAAGUGCAGAUUUUAAAAACGACCUCCUCCACAGUGACAUGUUUGACCAGAGGCUCUUCACUAAAGUUAUUAAAAUCGUUGACAUAUCAUACGGAGGGGACAAUGGCUUCAACCAGGCAAUUGAGUUAAGUUCUGAAGCUCUCCAAAAUGUGAAAUUCAUACAAGAAAAGAAGUUGAUUGGGAAAUUUUUUGAAGAAAUAGCCCAGGAUACGGGGAAGGUCGUAUACGGGAUUGAGGACACUUUGAAGGCUCUUGAGAUCGGAGCAGUGGAGCUACUCAUUCUGUAUGAGGGGUUGGAUGUCAUUAGGCUAACCACAAGGAAUGCCAUCACCAACACCACUCGGACGAUGCAUAUAUCUCCCCAGGACGAGAAACAGGAAUCGCUUUACAAAGAGAAUAACGUCGAGCUGGAAGUCGUGGAGAAGAUCUCCCUCACCGACUGGGUGAUUAACAAUUACAAGAAGUUCGGGGCGUCCCUCGACUUCGUCACCAACAAGUCCCAGGAGGGGGCGCAGUUCCAGAAGGGCUUCGGCGGCUUCGGCGGCAUGCUCAGGUACAAGCUGGACCUCAAUUUGUACGACGAGGAUGUGGAGAGCGACGCGGAGCUCUUCUGA